UUCUUUGUAGUUAAUCAAUUUUAAAUUAUAAACAAUCUGGUCGGUGAAGAAGAGGUUUCAUAUUCUCGCAAUGCAUGCUGCUGACUGCCACAUUGAAGGGAGUAAAUCGAACAUCGAGGUUUAUUAUAAAAUAGCAAAUUACAAUUUGCGUUUACAGUAUUGCGUAUAAUAAUUAAAUUCUGUUAUCCAUCACUUGAUAAGCUUUAAACGAAGUGAUAAUGUGUUAAUGUGGUACAGUAGCCUGUUAUUACGUGCAUAAGAAAUGCCGUUUCCAAGAUUUUAAUUGAAUCUCAUCAAGUUUAUAGGAGGAAUGGUUGAUUGAUGUCGAAUGGAUGGAAUUUAGCCCGAUUUUCAAGAUUAUUUAAGGUUAAUUUAAUUUUAACUUGUUUUCUUUAAAGUAUAAUUUAUUUUGUAUAUUUGGAAAUUUUAUUGAAUUAUGUUGAUGUUUUUAAUGGCAUAAUACCUUGGAUUAACAUGAAAUAAUUAAUUCUAAUUUUUCUAAGCCUUAAUGCCGAUUUUUAUAGUAUAAAGAAAUUAAUUAAAUCAAAAAUGAGAAGGAAACCAGGAGUAGGAGCGAUUCAUAAGCAAAAAUAUGAACAAGAGCGAUAUAAAGAUAAAGGUACGGAGCUUCAGGAGAAUCAGUUUGAACAGAUGACUAAGCAGUUGGAAACAUUUCGAAUAAAUUUAGAGGAUUUUGCUUCUAAGCAUAAGAGCGAAAUAAAAAAGAAUGCACAAUUUCGUCGUCAAUUUACAGAAAUGUGCGCAUCGAUUGGCGUCGAUCCUUUAGCAUCGGGUAAAGGCUUUUGGUCAGUUCUUGGGAUUGGAGAUUUUUAUUAUGAAAUUGCAGUUCAAAUUGUUGAGGUAUGCCUCGCAACAAACUAUAAAAAUGGAGGAUUGAUAUCUUUAGAUGAGUUGAGAGAUCGUUUGGUUCAAGCAAGAGGACGUCGUAAAGAACAUCAAGAGAUAACGAACGAAGAUCUAUUAGCAUCGGCUAAAAAACUUAAAAUAUUAGGAAAUGGAUUUUCCGUUGUUCCUAUUAGUAAAGGAAAAUAUUUAGUACAAUCCGUUCCAGGAGAAUUGAGUAUGGAUCAUACAGCUGUUUUACAGCAGACAAACAAUACAGGAAAUGCAUUCAUUUCUAAAUCCUUGUUACAAAAAGAAUUAAAAUGGGAAAGCGAAAGGGCUCAGAAGGCAUUAGAUCAUAUGGUUAAAGAAGGAUUAGCUUGGAUCGAUAAACAAAAUGGAGAUGAGCCUUUGUACUGGUUUCCAAGUUUGUUUACCGCUUGCAUUGCUUCAAAAACAUAAAAAUUUCAAAUGUAUUUACUAACAAUUAGAUUUUCAUUGCAAAUUUAAU